AUGAAACCAUCUAAACUGCAAGAUUAUCUGAGAAGAUGCCACCCUGAUGAAACAGAGAAAGAUUUGAAAUAUUUUCAAACACUCAAGGAUAAAUUUCAGAAGAGACCUACACGGGACAGAAUGUUCGCUUCGAUGUCACAAAGAAAUGAUGAUGAUUUGCGGGCGUCUUACAAUAUCUCGUUACUUAUAGCAAAAGCCGGAAUACCGCAUACUAUCGGAGAGAAGUUAAUUUUGCCAGCCCUUGAAGAGGUUUCAAAAACUGUUUUACACAAACCUGCAUCUGAUAUCAUUAAAAGAAUUCCCUUAAACAAGAAUACUGUUGAAAGACGUAUUGAUGAAAUGAGUUCCGAUAUUGAAAGCUUCUUAUGUAAUUAUUUGCAAACGAUCCAUUUCUCUAUACAACUGGACGAGUCAACUUUACCUGAUAAUGCAGCAUUAUUAUUGGCAUAUGUUUGUUUUAUUAUGAAUCAAGAAAUCUACGAAGAACUGCUCUUCGCAAGAACUUUGAUAACCGACACUAAAGAUAAGCUGCCAGGAAGACGACGUUUCAACUUACGUUCAACUUUAGAUGCCCUCUAUUCAGAUUUUGAAUCUAGGUUUGAGGAUAUUUUGACUAUGGUAAUACCACCGUGGAUAAUUAAUCCAUUUGGUGACAUAGAAGAAACCAAUGUCAUAAUACAAGAGGAACUGACUGAACUAAGUACAAACGAAGAACUUAAGGUUCAGUUUAAAAACGGAUAUCAGCAAUUCUGGCUGCAAAAAAACAUACCCGUUACUUAUCCGGUAUUAUGGAAUAUAGCGAGGAAAUUUUAA